CAAGAUUGAGUUGACACGUGCUAAGAUACAGGUAGGCUACAGAAAGAGACGCAAUUCGGGCAUAGGAACGCAGAAAGCCCACAUGUCAGGACAGCACGUCUGUUAUACAAGACAUGUUAAGAAAUCAAAAGAAAGUUUACAUUUGGGUUUCAAUAGGCUGAUAUUGGCCAUGCUUGUGUUAAAUUAAUUUUCCGGAACGACAUCUGGAUAUUUUAAGUAAAAAUGCACCACGGAAGGACUUUAAUCUUUCUCACGCUCAACUUUAUACUCGGGAUUGCAUCUAGUGAUUCCAGAAAUCCCUCGUUUCCCAAGACCAUCAUCAGGCAGAGCAAAAUGAGCUCCAAGAGUGAAGAUGAAUUUGAAAGGAACGUGAAAGUUUUAAUAGAUAACAUUAGAUCUUUGUCAAAAGAAGAAAAGGUGGAAGAGGACCGAUCAAAUCUUCAUCGGAGCAUGAACAAAAUGACUGAAUUCCGUGAGAGAAUUGCAGUUGACAGCUCUAACCCAGAUCUCUUAGCAACAUUUAACAGUUUGUACUCAGUAUACCAGCCAGUGCUGGUCGAUAGUUUCAUUGAAACUUUGCCUCAGGCAUUAAUUUGUGUUUUAGCCGACCGACAGAACUGUGGAUGGCAAGCUGAUUUGGCCAGUACUGUUUCUUCUGCAAUGAACGGAGAGAUACUUUCUCUCAUCUCCUCAGUUAAAGCUCAAGUAUGCACACCAACAUCUAAUCUGCGAAUGACGGACUUCACAGCUCAAUUAUCCUCUCUUCAGGAGAUGCUGACCAAUGCCUUGUCCUCAGACUUUUAUUUAUUGUCAGAUACCUUUAUUGCAUUUUGGAAUAAUUUAAUGGACAUGGCAAUUCCUCCUGUAAUGUCAAUCUUGUCUGAAAUCAUGCUGAAUGUGCUUAAAACACCAGUGGAUUUUCUACAACUUGGAUUACAGUUCGGCAUUGAAAUGCCUAAUAUUGAGAAUUGUCAACAAGGUGACCUAAAACAGCUUAUCAUGUGGGGCAUGAAUCAUAAUGUAAGCUGGUCGUUUGGUCAAUCAAUUCUGGAUAUUUUUUUGGGACCUGAUGGUCUUCCUUGCAGUUACACAGGCCCAGAAUGUCCAUACUUUGGUCGUUCAGCAAUACCCUCUGUGGACAUCCCCACAUUGGGUCUUACCUGCGAACAAGAACAUAUAAAUCAACUCAACGAAACCCUUUGCGCACUAAUUUUAACCACAAAGUCUCAGGAAUCGUAUGUCCUUUAUCAGAUAUGUCAAGCACUCAGUACACUCUCUCAAACUGAGGUGACACAGGUGUGGAAGAACUCAUGUCACAUGAUCCAGGACAUCUUCUUACCGCUCAUGGAGCCCUGCAGUGAACCCAUCACCACAAAAUCGAGUCAGCGUAAUGCACGGUCUGUCCUCAGCCUCAACGAACUUCUGUGCAACUACAACAACUGGACUGAUGGUUCUGUGGACCCAGCUUUGGUCACUAUGUGCAGUGAAAAUGAUAGUGAGGAAUUCAUCCUCGCUGUGUGUAACAAUGCUAAUGUUAUGCAAGUGCUGCUCAGUAAUCCAAUCAAUGCCUGGGUGUGGGAGUACUGUGCAAACUCAUCGGACAGAUACAUAGUGAACCUGUAUUGUUCAUAUAACACGUGGACUCCAGAAACAAUUGAUCCAUCAGUAGUAACGUUUUGUUGGAAUAAUGAUAUGGAGAAAUUGGAAAGCCUUUUGUGUGAGAGUAUUGACUUCUUCAUGAUCGUGUUUUCGAAUGAACAAAACAAUUGGCUAAAUCCCAACUGCUCUGAACCUCCACCAGAAGUUAACAUAAAUACACUUGUAUCUGAGUCUUGCAACUAUUCAGAAUGGAGCAAUGCACAAGCGGUCACCACCAUUCAGCUCUCUGUAUGUAUUCAAAAUGAUGAGAUUCGAUUUAUCAGAACGGUCUGUGCAAAUGGCACACUUGUGACUGCAAUUGUUCUUAACAGUGCAAAUGCUUGGGUGGAACAAUAUUGUACUUUUGCUAUAAGCAAUCCACCAACAAGCCCACCAAUACUGAACAUUGGGGAUUGGUGCAACUAUCCAAAAUGGACUGAGAUAUCCGUGGAUCCUUCUGUGGUUGUUCUGUGUUGGCAAUAUGACCAGAUAGGCUUCCGUCAGAAUGUCUGCUGCAAUGCGCUCUUGUACGAACAGUUGAUUCUGCAUCCCCAAAACCAAUGGCUGAUUAAAGAGUGCUCGGAUAAUGAAACUGCCAAUAUGUUGACACAGGUUUGUGUCUAUUCAGAUUGGAGCCAGCCUACUAUCGUAGACAUGGCCGACCUGGCUCUCUGUGCUGAUCUUGACACUAAGAACUUCACACACAAUGUGUGUGCCAAUGCCACAGUUCUUCAGAAUUUGAUGGCCAAUUUAGACAACACCUGGUUACUGGAACAAUGCUCAAACCUAACUGCUUCUGGCCCAGGUGGCGGGGUAGGCAACGGGAGUAUCCUGAUGGGUUUCCGACCAGAUGAGCAGUGUCAGUACUUCAAGUGGUUCUUUGCACUUCCGGAUCCUGCACUGCUCGCUCUCUGCUGGGACUAUGACCAGGCUAACUUUAUCUCCUUCAUCUGUACUGACCCUUUAAUGCUCACCCACAUCUUGCAAGAGGCCUCCAGCCUCUGGGUUGGCACAGUUUGUGCGACUUACACAGGUCCACAUAUUCCCAAUGUCAAUGGGAGCAACUCCACACAGCCCCAGCCGUGUUUAUUUGAAGAGUUAGUAAGAAGGCUAAACUGGUCCUGUAAUGCAGACUUCAGCUCUGUCUGCCAACCAGGUGCCAGUCAGGCCCAGGGCCUUCGGAUGCUGUUGCGCUGUGGGAUAGAAAUUCUCAUACCGCGCUUUAUGAAUCUCAUGACUACAAAUGUGACAUCAGUGGUCAGGCAAGCCACAAGCUUAGGGAUCGUCAUACUAUUGGCUCUUGAAGAAAGUCAGAUGACUACUCUGAGGGUGAGAGAGAAUAUUCGGCUAAGCGUGCUGGAGACGAUGACUAUCUACAUGGAGAAUGAGACCAACUUUGACAACAAGCUUGUGCUUCUGCAGUGCUUUGAGACAGUUUUGACCAGUCUGAUGCUAACAGGAAGAGAUGUGGCCAGCAGCUUUUUCCUUAUUAAGGAAUAUUUCCGGAUUCCUUUGCCCUAUCUGAGGUCAGUGCUCAGUGCAGCAGACCUCUCAGUUGUAAGGGAGAUUUUGCAGUAUUAUAAUAGGAACCAAGCAACCUUAAAGUUAACAGAUGAGUACUUGCACACCAUGGUAUCGGUGCUCUGUCAAACCCAACUGCCCAAGGAUAGCAGCCUGUUUCUUGAUAUGGGUCUUUUGUUGACUCUGGCUACACCAUCAGACAUCAUGUCAAUGCCUCCGCUACAGAAUGACAUCAAUGCGUUAAGCAUAAUUAACCUCAGCAUCAAGAACCUUUCCCUGGAGCAGCAGCAGGCAUUUGGUCGAUGGUUCAGUCAGUCAAUGAGCUUGCCUAACGUUACAGCUGCCAGCUUAUCCUUUAUCAGGGACACUGGUAAUCUGAUCGCGUAUCUACCCUUCCGCAGCUUCCAAUACUUCUCACCUGCUCAGCUUCUGAAUGGUUUGGAUGUCCUAAAGAAUAACGCGUUGGAUCCUCUCAAGCAGCAGUUCAUUGCUCAAAGUGUCAUUGGAGGUUUCAGGAAUCUUACUGUAGACCAGUUAAAGAGUCUAGGUAAUAUGACCUGUCUGGCUAAUUAUAACCAGCUGAUGGCAUACACAGCAUCCGAAUACUUUUCAGUGAUCCAGGACAACAUUAGGACAUGUGUCAUCCAAGGAGUCAGCAUCCCUAGUAGUAUGAUAACCAACCUGGUCAUGAAUGCAUCUGAGCUGCAGUCUCCCUCCAGCCUUACGUCUCAGAGAAUUUCUCAGCUUGCCCCUUUCCUGCCUCUCCUGGGAUGUAGCUUCCUGCAACAGCUCACCUCAGCCCAGCUUCUGCCUGCCCUCAGUAACCUCAGCUCUGUACCUUUCACCCCAGCACAGGCAGCUGUUAUCAUUGACAAGAUCUCAGUCAACUUGAGUCUCGCUCUGCCUGGCUCUUGGAAUUUGUCUUUACUGGGGUCUCUUAUGAGUGGGGUAAAAGUGGAGACUUUAUGGAGUUUGCCAUCUAAUGUACUGCUGGAGGCUUUAUCUGGUAUCAGCUCUCAGACACCUGGACUCACUCCCACACAGACCAACAGCAUCAUCACCAAACUCUGGAAUUCAGCUUCUGUUCAAUUGUGGAUGGAUAAAGUUGAGCCGUGGCUCCCCAGCACACCUCUGUAUAGUGUGAUUCCCAAAGUCCCUUUACUUCUGAUCAGUGACAAAGCUGUACAUAUUCGCCACUGGAACACACAGCAGGCUCAAGUCCUUUUUAAAGAGGUUAUAGUCGUCAAGUCAAGUCUCUCAGAUAAGGAAUUUAUAUCUUUGGGGACCAUAGCCCCAGGAGUGAGUUGCGCAGUAUUUGAACAACUUUUCCAAAACUCUGCUGAUGCUCCAUCACCUAUACGUGACAUUCUGAAGUUUCUGAGAGAGCAGCCUGUGCCGCUCCAUCCCUCAUUGAAAAAGUGCAUUAUUGAGGAACUGUAUAAUUUGGACUUCUUCUCAGAACUGGUUGUUGAUUUGGGGUCUCAGAUUGCUCUGGCCCUUCCGAUAAGCACUAUUAAGAAAUUUCCUGCUGAUAAGAUGGAUUCUCUGAGGAAUAUGAUUGUGCAGGACCCACAGUACUUUCUGAUGCUUCCCAGCACCAAGCAAGCUCUCCUGGUGGACAAGAUAGUUCAAAGAUUGAAUAUGUACACCGGUCCUUACACUGAAGAGGAAUUUCGUUCACUGGAUGUCAUGGCUACAUUUGUGGUGGAUGAUAUGUUUUUGCAAUUGGAUCGGAGCUUCUUUGUUGACAGUUUAGAGUUUCUACAAGGAUUCUGCUACAGUGCCAGUAAAAGAGACCUACUGGCAGGCAUGCUACUGGAACCAAGGACCUUUGGCCCUGUGCAAAACUGGACGUCGCAGACACUGAACCAAGUAGACCGCUUCUUAUUCUUUCUUCCAAAGGAAACUAUUCAGCAGAUCCCUGCAGGUUUGAUGAGCUUAGAGCGCAUUGAGAGACUGUUCCUGAGUCAGCAGCAUUGGGAAACAGGAAAGCUUGGCUCUUUGUGUGGGCAGACACCUUCAGAAUUGUUUGAAAAGAAGCAGUUUGUGCUUCAGUAUUUCCUUGGCUUCCUCAAAGUGGGACGCGCCACUUUUACUGGAUUGAUCCCCUCUUGUGAAAGCUUGCAUGUGACACAACCUGCUGCCUGGACUAUUGACAGCCUCAGAAACAUGCCAGCAGCUGCUUUCCGGAGGUGCCUGGAGCUCAUUGGCCAAGAUCCGUCUUUCAGUACAUUCCAGCUGUCAAUGCUCCUUACAAAGACCAAAGAGGUGUAUGGACCGCCCUCCUCUUUUAACACUUCUGUGAUCUCUCAGUUGGGUCGAAUUGCAACCCAGCUCUCUGUUGAUGAACUAGCCUCUCUAAAACUGUCUGAAAUCCAGUCAAUUUCAGCUAUGGGAGCCAUCAACGUAUGGACUAGCAGACAGUUGAAGUCAAUCUUCUCCACAGUGCUGAACUCAACCCGAAGGAGUGUUACCCAGUUAGACUCAAGUACUCUUGUGGCUUUAGGACACAUUGUGUGUGGGAUUGAGGCACCAGUCUUACUUAACCUGAAUGCAACAGAGUUCAGUAAGGCAGUUUUGUGGCUGGGCCUUUUACGCCUAUCUUGCUCAGAGGAACAACUUCAGGCAAUGGUAGGACUGCUCAGUCAAAGCUCAGCAUUUGGACCAGUCAGCUCCUGGGGAACAGAAGUCUUUAUCGAAAUAGGAGCAGUUGCAGCGGGGCUACCUGAUAUGUCCAUGUCUGCUUUGGUGAGGGACCAAAUUGUGGGAAUUACCCCCCUUGCCAUCUCUCUCAUCCCAGCAAACAAAUUUGCAGUAGUGUUUAACCAGGCACAAAUUCAGAUGUUUACCUAUGAGCAGGCCAUUGCUGUAACAGACACCCAGCGCUCUCUUCUGUCUCCAGUACAAGCGACAGCCCUGUCCAUGGUGCUCAACCCCUGGGAGGACAAACCCAUUGAUUUCAGAGGCAGGUCAUUGGGAGUUGCAAUGUACCCCUGUCAUCUCUGUCUCUUGAGUGUCCUGAUACUGCUGCUGCUGAUCUCUCUCACUGGGCCUCUGGAAUGAGUUAGGCCUGUCACUAUAAUGCAUUGAACUCUCGUUUUCAAAUAAGUGAAAUAUGAAACAACCAUAACAUUUUAAAUUUUUAAUCCACUUAAAAAAUGUCGAGUUAAAAUUGCAUUGCAUUUAAGAACAAUAAAUCAUGGAAGUAUCUCUUUCAGCACUUUAUAAUUGUUGUUUUUUUAAUAAUUGUUACUUGGGUAGUAAUUAUCAUUUUAUCUCUGUUACGGAAAGUAACACAUCGUCUUAUAUGAUUUGGUUUGACUUGUGCUUUAUAAUCACCUUGUAGUAUUUAAAUAUUAUUUAUUUACAUGUUGUACCUGCUGGAUAGGCCUUCAAAUACUCUGGUAUCAUAUAUUGUCAAACUGUUAAAAGAUGUAUUAACCUUGUAAAAGGAUUGUGUUCUUUCAUUUAAAUAUGUAUUAUCAUUGCUUGCUACUGUUGUGCAAAGCCCAUUGUGUGAAUUCUGUAAAAUAAAGUCUUAUUAUUUUGUGU